UAAGAGCGCGCAUCUUAAUACACAAACAAGGAUAAAUGAACAACGGUCAACAUUUGCACGAUUCAAAUUAGGCAGGAUUAUUUUCAGUAGAUUAGAAACGUUUCAUAGACUAAUUUAUUGUUUUUGAUAAUGUGACAACAAGUUUUAUCAAAUGACAAUGAAAUCUUUUCUGCCGGGAUUUUCAUUUGUUAUUUUCUAUUUUUUGAUAGGGAUUAAACGUGUAUGUUGCGGAGACAAAUGUGGCCAACUUUCGGUUAACACACACAACACCACAGAAGGAAAGCCGGUAAUAUUUCACUUUGUGGUUUCACUCGGUAAAAACGUGACUUGGCAGAAGAAACUUGGUUCGGUCUUUAAAAAUCUAGAAGGUGAAAAGUAUCAUCUGGCAUUUGAUGGUAGUAGAACGACUCACAGCCUUUCGAUUUUAGAAACAAAGCAUGAAGAUACAGGCGAAUACAGAGUUAAUUGCGGUUCCACGGUGUCGAAUUCAAUCUAUCUGAACAUUGUAUACAGUAAACCAUCCGUUCCGGUAUUUUCCAACGUAGAAGCCCAUGAAUAUUGUACACCUCGGACAUGUAUAGUGGCUAUUGUAAAUAAAUUAGAAACGAUAGAAUGUACUGUGAAAGGUGGAUCAAGAGACAUGACUCUAAAUUUGCUAAAGAACAACAUGAAAUUAACAAAUACCAAUCAAACGCAUAAACAAAUAUAUUCUAUUACCCAUUUCUAUAUAAGAUAUAGCUUUAUACCAAGUCAAACUGACACUGACAUCAAAUUUACAUGUACGGUGAAGGAUGCAUCACAAUUAGUACAAUCAUCAACAUCUGUGGUUAUGUAUAUCAUAGUUCCCCCAAACAAGAUUGAGGUGAAUGUUCAUGAAGUAAUAGAAGGAGAAGAAGGUGAAGUGCAAUGUAUAGCAAUGAAUGGGAGACCGCCGCUAAAGUCGGACAUGUCUAUCGGUAGUAAAUCAGAGACUUAUACAAAGACAAAGAAUACCACAAAGCCAGGGAACUUGUACGAUAUCAUUACGUGGACAACAAGGUCCUUUACACGGGAUGAUAAUCAGAAGAAGAUAUUGUGUUGUAGCAAUAUUGGAGGGAAGAUAUGUGGAGAUACAAAAAUCAAUGUAUUGUUUAAACCAAAACUUAUUAAAGUUGUUGAAGUUUUCAAGCAAAACAAAGACAAUGGAGACACUAAUAUAACAUUGAAGUUCUCAGUCGAAGAGUCAAAUCCAAAGAGUUCCAUUGUAAUAAGUGGAGUAAAACAUAUAGAGCAAUCGUGGGUCGAUGACAAAAUUGAGCAGCAAAAUAAAACAUAUGGGUGGACAUAUACAUCGAUCCAGAGCUUCAUUUUUACAAGACAUGAUAAUUCAAGGGAGAUCAAAUGUGAAGUGAAAAAUGAAGGCUUUCCCGAUCUUAGAUUAAAUGUUGAAUAUACUCUUGAUAUAACGUAUUAUCCAAUAGUUACUAUAUCAGAGAAAGAACAGAAAACUGUUUACGUUGGUGAUGAUGUUGAUUUGACCUGUAACGUGGACAGUAAUCCCCCAUCAACACUUUCGUGGCAGAAUCAGACCGGCAUUAUUAAAGAGAUAUUCGGAGAAAAAACAAUAAAACUUUAUUUAACAAACGUUUCAACCGACCAUUCCAAGACAUAUAGUUGCAAGGCCCGUAAUGGAAUUGGUGGGAUUGUAUCAAGAAAUAUAACGCUCAUCGUGAAAGAUCCAUCUGAAAGACAAGAAAACGAAGCAAUUAAACCAUCGGCCGAGGCAAGCUUUGCAUUAGUCAUUGGGCCAAUAAUUGGCUGUAUUUUAGUUAUCAUCAUAGCGGUCAUUGUGGCUCUUAUAGUACUCAAGAAACGACAGAAUAAGACACCAAACAAAAGGAACAUUCAUGAAAUUAACAUUGAGGAAAGAAAUGAAAAUUUACAUCCGACUGGAAACGACCCCACUCACAAUAAUAUUGCAACAUCUUCUGGAAACGCUGAUGCCACGGAACAGCCAGAAUACGCAUGCGUCAUUCCAAAGAAAGACAGGAGGAAGUUUCCUGCUAUGAAGGAGACAAAUGAUGCAGACAACAAAAAUAACGAAAGGGGAGACAAUCUGGUGUAUGCUGACCUAGAUCUAGCCGAAUAUCCGGACCUGGCAGCUAAGAGACCACUUGUUACUUUGCAUGAGCAGACAGAAUAUGUGUCGAUAGAUUUCAGUAAGACCGGCGCAGCAGCGAUUGCAGACAGUAGUGGAGACAACAACUAAAGAGACGUGAACUAUAUAAGGGGUCAUCAAAUUGUUAGAGGAUCAAAGGAUAAAAAAGAACCAAUUUCGUUAUAAAAUAAUUUGAGGUCAUGGCCCUCUCUAUACGGCAAAUGAAAAUAACAGUAGAAAUGGCCAAACCUUCAUUUGAAGUAAAACCUCUGGGCGAGACAUUUUAUUCGAUAAGAAGCCUUUUACUAACAUAGAAAAUAGAACAUAGAAAAUAGUAUUAAAGAUAAGAUACAACAUGGAAAAAGAUACCUGAUUGGGAAUUUAUGCUUUUUUCAAUUAUAUUUUUUUCCAUUUUUUUUAUAAUUCUUUCUAUAAUUUAUUUUUAUAAUGUCUUUACUUAUAUGAAGGAAAGUAACUUUAGAGCUAGUUAUUAAAAAUAGUUUCCUAGCGCAUAAGACGAAAGUAAAAUAAAACAUCCUAAAGACAAAUAAAAACAGUCAAUAUUUUAGCCUGUUAAAAGCUUUUAUCUAAAUAAUAUACUAGUAAAUUUGUACCCGCUUUGAUAAUUAAUUCGAUAUGUAAACUUGCUUUUAAUCUAUUAAAUUUAUACUCGAAUAUAACGCAUGCUUAAUGUGAAAAGGAUAAGUUGGGUUUUGUAGGUGUCCAAUUGAGUGAUUGGUCGAUUAGCACAGUGUUUAAUUGCAGUGGGUAUAAGGCGAAUAUUUAAAAUAGAAUGUCAGCCGUUGUACCGUAAACAAAGUCAUUUGCCAUUCAUUCAAACAUUCCUAGUGUAUAUAUAAAUCAUUCGUUAUACUACACCAUUAAUUCCUUCUUUACCACUUACUGUUUCAUUGUACAAUGUAAAUUACAUGGCAUUGUCUUGGAGAAGGAAGCCUUUACACGUGAUAAAUGUGUAGAAACUUACACGAUAAACUUCUUCAUACCAUGUCUAUCUGACACGUAUACUACUUUGUAAUACUCAAUCAUUUACAAGAGGUAACUUAUUCAACAUCAUUUAACAACCGAACUUUUAAGAUGGCUCUCUUAAUAUGAACACGAGUCGUGAUAAAAAAAGAAAGCAAUUCAGCACCCUUUGCCUAUAUAAAAGACAUUGAAAGCCAGUACAUUUUAAAGCAGAUAGAUAUAUGUUACUUUCACUGGAAUUUAAGUUAUUAAAGAAUCAUUUGUUUUGUUAUAAUGAAGCAUCUUUUAAACGGAAAUACAAUAUGUUUUAUUCUCUUUAUUGUCAUAGUGAUAAAACCAACGUGUAAGUGUUCUUUUUAUUACAAGUUGAGUAAUUCAGAAUGUUUUUAAGAAACUAAAAGAAUAAAUAUUGUAUUAUUCUCAAAAACGGUGCUGAACAAUAGGGCAAUGGCUUUAAAAAAAUAUCGAUAACAUCAUUGAAAAGGCGGUUUCUGUUCAUUUCGGUUAAUUUGAAAAUUGAAACGUAAUAUGUUUUAAGUACAUGCACAUAUUGUUUAAUAAAAACAAAUUGUAAUUUACAAUGCCUUUAAUGAUCUUUAUAUAUUGAAAGCAUUAAACAUUAUACUAAUUGAAAUUUUGUAUAAAAGAAAAAGAAAAAAAGAAAUGUGUUCUUUGAAUGUUAUAAAAAAUGUACAUCAUUAUGUUACGUGUGUAUAGGAACAUGUAUAGUUUAUAUAUUUAGUUAUACAAUAUAUAUCGUUUCAAAAUAAAAAGCAAUUGAUAAC